UAUUCAAAGAAUGAAGGAGAUAGGGAUGCGGAUUGUUGAAAAAUGCGAUGGUCUUCCUGUCGCAAUAAAAGCCAUUGCAGGUGUUCUUGUAACAAAAGAUCUAGAUAAAACGAGAAUGGGAGGAUGUACUUAACAACAAUGCUUGGACUAUUACAGGACUUCCAGAAGAGCUCCGAGGAGCGUUGUACUUGAGCUAUGAAUCCUUACCUUCAGCUCUUAAACAUUGUUUCCUCUAUUGCUUUCUUAUCCCCUAUGAUCGUGAAUUUUAUCUUGAAGAACUUGUUCCUGAAUGGAUUGCAGAAGGUUUUAUAGAAGAUAGUGGAAAUGUAUCGAUGGAGGAUGUUGCAAAAGGCUAUUAUAGGGAACUAAUUUGGAGGAGUUUCUUACAACCUUCUCCUUAUGAAGCUCGUCAAGUGAGAUGCACAAUGCAUGAUUUAUUUAGAGUUCUUGCUAUGUUUCUAGUAGGUGAUGAAAGUCUUUUAGGAGAUCCUCAAGCAGCACCAAGCAACACUUCUAUGAUAAAAUUACGUCAUUUAACAAUUUCAAGUAAUAGGGAGAGUGUGAGCAUUCCACAUCUUGAUUGCCUUAGAAGACUAUGGCUUUAUACCCCUCCAAGUUUGGACACACAAGUGAUCGGAGGCCUAAAACACUUGCGUGUAUUGACCCUUUGUGGAGACAAGAUUGAGAAUAUCCCUGACAGCAUUGGGGAUUUAUUACACUUAAGGCUUCUAAAUCUAGGGGGUACAAAAAUAUGCAAGCUACCGGAUUCUUUGGGAAACCUUAUUAACUUGCAAUUCUUGUUACUCAGUGAUUGUGAGUCUUUAUACAUCCUUCCGAGAAGCAUAACUAGGUUGUGCAAUUUGAGGAGGCUCAAUCUUAAAUACACCCCUCUAAAUUAUGUGCCAAGGGGAAUAGGUAAGUUAGAACAUCUUAAUCAUGUGUCAGGAUUUAUUGUUGAAGACAAUGGUGGUGAUGGAGAAGGAUGCAACUUGGAAGAGCUGCAAAUGCUUAAAAACCUCAGUCACCUUGAUAUAGAUAAGUUAGAGAAAGCAAGUAAAAGUACUCCAGUGCUCUUAAACAAGCCUCGCCUCAAAACUGUAAUGCUUCGUUGCACGCCCGAUAGUGGUGGUCAUAAUCAACAACAAGAGAUGGAUGAGAUUGUACAAGUCUUUGAUGAGUUAUGUCCUCCACCAAGCCUUGACGAUCUAGUAAUUGAAAACUUUUUUGGUGGGAGAUAUCCACGGUGGAUGUUAUCAAAUUCCUUCAGUACUGCUUUUCUUGAACUGACUUAUUUGCAACUUCGUGAUUGCGCUAAUUGUCCUCAGCUUCCCCAACUUGGCCAACUGCCCCAACUCAAGUAUCUAAGGAUCAAGGGAGCAACUGCAGUAGUAUCAAUUGGCCCUGAAUUUCUCGGCAAUGGAGAACUUGCAGCCAGUGCCUUCCCUAAUCUUGAAUACUUAGUAUUCUUGGACAUGAUUAAUUGGGAGGAAUGGUCACUGACUAGUGGAGAAGGAGACAAUGAGCAUGAAUCCAGCAGGCUAUUACUCUUCCCCCGUCUCAGGAAACUUUUCAUUGACAACUGCCCCAAGCUGAAAGAUCUUCCAAGUGGCUUGAAUCGGGCUAAUAUCCCACAUUUGUUCAUUAGAAGCGCUCACAGUCUUUCAAGGGUCUCUUAUCUCCCUGCCUUGAAAGAACUGGAAGUUUAUGAUUGCCCAAUGCUGAAGUGUGUGGAGAAGCUCGAGUCUCUGCAGAGCUUGACGCUGUUUGAUCAACAAGAGAAUAACACUAUUCUCCCUCAAUGGCUCAUCCUUUUCCUCCUACAACGUGAAAGGCCUCAUUAUGAUCGGUUCAUCUUGCAUUUGGUGUGCAGUGCCCAAGCAUUGCAUGACUGUUUGCAAGGUCAUAGAUACUGGUUGUUACUCCAGCAAGUACCACGCUUCACAGCCUAUACAGUGAACCAAGACAUGUAUUUGAAGUACACUAAAGAACCAUAUUAUUAUGAAACCAACAUCACUGAUGAGGAUCAGGAGCAUGAAAUCCUUUCUUUGAAUUAGAUCAUUAUCCAUUACUGCCAAAAUAAUAUGUGACUUGAUUAAAACUCAAGUUUAUAAUAACAUGAUGGUUUCAACUUACUUGAGAUUAUGUGCAAGUGUUCUUCAAUUUUCAAAGUGAGUUGAGCUCAUGAAGCUUAUGGAGCUCUCUGGAGGGAGAGUGUUCUUGUUUCUUUAGUAUAUUGGUGGAUUUAAUUAUAUGAUGUGCGACUAUGCAUACAUGCAAGGAAUGGUGCUAUUGAUUGAUCCCUCAGUAACAAUUCAAUCUGAUGAAGAGGAUUCUCAGGAGAAUUUUAUGUCUGAUUGAUGGCUUAAUUAUGCAGAUAAUGAGAUGUGGACAUUUAUAAUGAUUAGUAUGUAUAUAUAUAUAUUGUAUGACUCAUUACAUUUCUACUACAAGAUAGUUCUUCAUAUCUUUAGAAUUGUGAUAUGUAUGUUCUUGCCGAGAACUCUAGUGCUUUGGUGCAGGCCUAACUCUGGUGGACAUAUACUACAAUAUCAAAAGUCUCAUGACAAUGAAUUCCACUUGAGCACUUCAUCAGUGUUUGCAAGUGUGUCCAUAUUGAUUGUUCCUCUGGAAUGUACCCUGUUUUGUAGCCUAUGCAAAGGGCGGAAGCAUGUGUUUUAAGUACUCCAAGUAAACAUUUUUCUAUCAAACAAAUCUUGGUGAAAAUAUAUCAAUUGGUAUGAUCCAUGAAACCUCUUUGUUCAAUUUAUUUUUUUCUCUCUCUCAUGCCUAUAUAUUGAAAGUGUCUAAUUGGAUCAAAAUUAUGAUAUGCAUGCCUCAUGGUUGCAUAGCUGCUGCAUAUGUAUGUCUUAUGUGUAUUCAUUCAAUAACUUUUGAGUUACUUAUUUAUAUAAUUUAUGAUUUGGAAUUAAGCGCAUCACUUAUUUAAUUCUAUUUUGUUUACCCUGUAUUGUUUUUCACAGGUGGAAUGGUAGAUUAACAAAUUUUUAUGACAAAUAUGUGAAUUUGUUAUUACUCAACUGCAUGACAUGCUGUUUGAGAGUACAAAUCACUUGGGUUCUUCUGAGGCAGUUAUAUCUUCGCUGAUAUUUAAGUGUUGGAUGUCCAAUAGAAACUUCAGAAAUUAUUAUGGAGCAUGGCUUUUGUAUAUGCAAUUCUGAUGAAUCGAAGCUCUCUGGAGGGGAAGGAUAGGUUGUUUCUUUAGUUUCGGUGGAUACAUAUUAUGCUUGGAAUGGCUCAGAUUAAUUAAUUUGCACCGUGAGUUUUGGAGAUUGAUAGAACGGCAUGUGAGCUCUUUAAUAUUUGAUUUCCUUUACUCAUUUUUGUGAACAUACUUGUUUUUCUGAACAUUAAUGAAUGACAGUUUCAUACGAGUUAAUUAUAUAGAAUGCUUUUUUUCUUUGAAACUCAUGAUGUUACAGAAUAUGGUACAUAUUCUUUUCAUUUAUGUGUGAGCUGGUGGAAAUAUCACAUGUCAAAAUUGAAAUGUCUAUUUGAUAUUGAACAACAGAAUUGAUUGGUGGCUAUGCAAUUCGUUGGCUAAACUUCAAAACGAUGAAAAUGAAUCCAAUGUGCAAGCACAUCAUGAUCAAAACCAAGAUACAGCACUAAUUCUGGCUCACAACAGAAUUGAUGAAAAGAGGAUUGCUUUAAGUGUUGGUGUUUACUUUGGGGCGGAAUUUGUAUCUAUUACAGAACCCUUUUUAUUUUUUAUUUUGAAGAGAAAUAUGGGGAAACCAUGGAUAAAACUCAAGUCUGGUUGGAAAAUGAAAUAAAAUACCAACUCUCAAGUUGUAGAGGAUAUAUGAAGCUCUUAUUUCUUAUGUAAGCAAAGCAUGAACCAAAGACAGUGUCCCUGAUUUUAUAGUUGUAAAUCUCAAUUUUAUUUAUUUUAAUUUUAUUUCAUUUA